AUGAGUGCCGCCUUCCAGCAAGACGCCCUCGAGAUGCUUCGGAGCAUCUUCAUGCCAUUCAAUCAGAGACACAAUCGAAGCCCAAAAUCCCGUCAUCAUGUCCAGCUCACCUGGCAGAGUAGAGUCAAAGAGCUUCUUCCCGACAAGCAAAGCCUCUAUGGCUGGUACGCCAGCGUUCUCAGCCUCAAAGCACAUUUUGAAGAACCAGAGCAUUACGCAACAAUAUGGCCCAUGGCUUUAAAGCAACAAAAUAAGAGCUUGUUCUUGCUACGCAGCCGCAUAGUCGAAUCCCACAAACCCUCCGAAACCCUACUUCAAUGUAUCUGGUACAACGCUGCGCUGGCUUUCUACCAAGGUGACGUGUCUGUGAACGAAUGUCACAAGCGAGCAUUUGCCGACUUGAUCCAGAAGCUCGGAGGCAUAGAUGUUCUGACGCCAACAAUCCGCCUCCAAGUGAUCCACGGAGAAAACGUACACAGCCGACAUGUAAUGGCGCGACCAGCCCUGGAUUUCGGCCAGUAUGACCCGGGUUCCUUCUACGACCAGUGCUGCUUCCGAGAAUACACUUUGAUCAGCCCCGAAGCCAAGUCUCAAUAUCGGUACGGGGACGACGCAUUCCUGCUCCCAGACGAUCCACUCUCUGCCCGUCUUGGCACGUACCUUUCCAUGCACCGAGAAUUCGUCACUGCACACUGCUUGGCCGAGGACUUGGAUCGAGAUAAAAAGUACGACGAAGCCGACCGGUUCUUCGAUUGGCUCUAUCCUCGUCGCUCAACCUUAAAUUCAUGGACCAUGACGCUCUUCUUCGACUUGGUGGAAACCAUCACACCCGCGACACCUACCUCCCGAGCCGUACGUCGACAGCUACAAGCAUGCCUUGCCCUCUCCUCAUCUUAUGCAAUGUCGUUUGCCUAUGGCUUCCUGUCUCGUGUCCAGAGAUGGCUGCUCUACGUCCCCAUCCAGAAUCUGCAGCCACAAAUCGAAGUCCUCCUGACGUACAUAGCGAAGCGGGGCUUUCUCUAUGGCAACAAACCAAACUUUGCAAUUCACGAAGUUGGCACUAUGUACUCGGGUGCUAUCGACUACUAUAACGCACUACUGUAUAUUUUCUUCGUUGGCGCAUGUGCAGAACAAGCCUCCAACGAAGCGGGCAAGCGGCCCGUCUUGCAAACUACCUGGCACUCAGUGCGGUUCGCAUACACGAGUCAACUCCUAGGACUAAGGACAUGGCGUGAGGCACAGAAGCUUUUAACGCGCUUCGUGUAUGCUGACUGUGUGAUGGACCGCUUCGUCGAGGGCUUGUUUGAGGCAAGAUGGGACUUGGUCAAGGAGUUUGAAGGCUAUUGA